AUGUCAAAACCAGGACUUUUCAGGCAAAGUCAAGCAAUCAAGAACAGGUUUCCAUCCAGGGCCACAGGUACACCAAGACUCGAGGAGCAUAUGCUCAUUGUCUUUUGUAUGCUUCUAGUGCCUUCCGUCCAGGUCAAGCAUCAGGGAUCCGAUCAGAGUCCACGGUUAUCAGUAUCCAUUCCAUCCAGGUCAAGCGUCAAGGUCCAGGUCAGGGUCCAGGUCAAGGUCCACCGUUUCAGGUCAAGCUUCAAGGUCCAGGUCAAGGUCCACGGUUUUCAGAUCAAGGUCCACGGUUUCAGUAUCGAAUCCAUCCAGGAAAAGCAUCAAUGUUCCGAUCUCCCAGCUAUGGUCAUAGUUAUAACAAAACCAUAUGCGCAUUUACUCACUAGCUUUUAUCUAUUACUAGUUUCAGCCAUCCAGGUCAAGUGUCAAGGACCCGAUUUCCCGGCAAUGGGUAUAGCCAUCGAUAUCAGACGUCAAGGUUGCGAUCUUCCAGCCAAGUGUUCAGUUAUCCACGUCAAGCAUCAAGAUUCUGAUCGCCCGUACAUGGUGAUAGCCAUCCAGGUCAAGCAUCAUGGUUCCGAUCGCCCGUCAAUGGUUAUAGUCAUUCAUGUCAAGCAUCAAGGUUCCGAUCACCCGUCCAUGCCUCCAGCAAUUCAGGUCAAGCAUGAAGGACCCGAUCUCCCCUCCAUGGUUAUAGUCGUCCAAGUCAAGGUUCAAGGUUUCGACUGCCCGUCCAUGGUUAUAGUCAUUCAUGUCAAGCAUCAAGGUUCCGAUCACCCGUCCAUGGUUAUAGCCAUUCAGAUCAAGCGUCAAGGACCUGAUCACCCCUCCAUGGUCAUAAGUAUAAAACAACAUUAUGGGCAUAUACUCACUAGCUGCAAUAUACUUCUUGUGUUCAGUCAUCCAGGUCAAGCAUCAAGGUUCUGGUCUCCCCGCCAUGAUUUAAUAUAUCUCCAGUCUCCAGCUAUCCAGGUCAAGCAUCAAGAUUCCCAUCACCCCGCCAUGGGUAUAGUGUUGAAUCCACCAAGAUCAUGCUUCACGGAUCCGGAUUCAGUCCGUGGCUAUAGGCCAAACAGCAAGGAUCAAAACUCAAAUUUGGGCUACAGUUCAAAUAUCAAAGAUCUGAUUUCAAAUCAAGGUUACGGGUACACACUUUUCUCUCUGUCUUUACAUGCUUUCUUUCGUAUUGGCCUAGUGUGUUUACGAUCCGGCUACACAAUGAAAAAAUUGUUUUCCUUCCAGUGCGACAGGUAUAUACAUCUAGUUCGGCCUUUAGUUACUGUUGGCUUUAUUUCUCUACUGGCUUCACAGUCCAAGCCAGCCAUCAUGGAUCCUAUAUCCGUCCAGUGUUACAGUGUCCUUGCAGUCAAGGUGCCUUUACUGUCUAUGCCAAUGAUUCCGAAUCCGAGCCCUAUCCAGAGUGACAGGGCAACCAUCAAGGAUUCGAUCUCCAUCCAGUAUGACAGUGUUUUCACCGUCCAGGUCGAAGAACAAGGAUUUCUUCUUCAUCCACGGUUACAGCCAAGGCCAAUCGAUCCAGGUUUACUGUCCUCUAGGGUAACAACAUUAGGCAGCUUUGAUCACAUGACUUACGGUCGGAGAGUGUUUAUUGAUACAUUUUUAAAAUAG